GUUUUACGGCACCAUUUUCCUUCCAUUUUUCGUGGGAGGAGACUGUAACGAGGCCAAGUUGAAGUCAGAAGAGUUGUAAGUGGAAAGAAUCGACGUCUUAAACAGGUCGUCAUGCCAUUUCAGCAGUGCAACGUAAAGCUCUCAGUUAGUCCAUCCAGAGGCCUGGUGGAUGAGAAGUUGGUCAUUCUGGUGCAGAGUGCGCUUCCUGGAGCCAGGCUUACUCUCCGUGCCUUCCACCACUGUGAGGAUGGACAUGAAUGGGAAGCCUUCGCUCACUACCUGACAGACACUUCAGGCUCCAUCAACAUAUCUGAGGAUCCCAGCCUGGGGGGGACAUACUUUGGGGUGGAACAGAUGGGUCUUCUUUGGAGCAUCAGACCAGUUCCAGGCAGCCAACCUGGGCUUAGGAUGAGAAAGAAGAACGUGGAGACCCCCAUGGAGUUUACCAUCUCCGUUUAUCAGGACCACCUCACUGAAUUCAAGGAUCAAGUUUUGUUGGCAUCCCAGCUAGUGGAACGCUGGUACAUGGCGCCCGGGGUACUCAGGACCCCCAUCACAGACCACGGGCUCACGGCGACCCUCUUCCUGCCUUCAGGUCCUGGACCAUUCCCUGCUGUGCUGGACCUGUGGGGUGGUGGAGGCCAACUGGUGGAGUAUCGAGCAUCUCUGCUCGCCUCACGUGGUUUUGCCUCGCUGGCUCUAGACUACCUGACUCCAAAUAUCACUGUAAAGACUGGCAAGAUGGUUGACAACACUUAUUUUGAGAAAGCCUUCACAUUCCUGCAGCAGCACCCCAGGGUGAUGGCCGAGCGUGUGGCCAUGUUGGGUCUCUCCUUUGGAGUCAGUGUCACACUCAAGAUGGCCGCUUACUCACACAUCCUAAAGCCCAAGUGUGCAGUGUGCAUUAGUGGAAGUCACGUGCAGCCAGUGGAAGGAACUAUGGUGGACAUUUUAUCUUACUUUGAUCGGAUCGGGUACAAGGCUCAACUGAAUGACAAGAACCAGGCCAUCAUGAGAAACCUGCUUCUACCAAUCCCAACUGACCCUGCAUACAAAGUAGAUAUGGGAUGUGUGAAGUGUCCACUGCUGUUGGUUGUGGGUGAGGAUGACCAGAACUGGCCUGCCUGUGAGUCUGCUGCAGAUAUGAAGGAGAUGAUGGUGCGUGCUGGAAAUGACCACCUGCUGACAAUCCUGUCUUAUCCUAACGCUGGACAUUUGCUGGAGCCUCCGUACUCACCACACACCAGAGUCAGCUCAUUCAGAUCUGUAGGCACCCGGGAAAAGAUCACAGCCCUGUGGGGAGGUGAGUGUGUGGCACAUUCAGUGGCUCAAGAGGACGCCUGGAAAAAGACCUUGGGCUUCCUGCGCCACCAUUUGUAUGCCUGAGGAUGGAACCCAGAUGCCUCAUAGGUGGACUAUUCUGUUUCACCGCGAAAACCCGAACACUGACCAAUACUUAAUGGCUCGAGCGACAUUCACUGGAACACAAAUUGGGCAAUAUAAGAUAUCACAUCAACUGCUACAUCUUGUUGAAGAACAAAUACCUUCAGUUUAAAGACACAGUAAAACAGUGCUCUUUUGAGGAAAAAAAAGCACAUUCUCUGAACAGGAAAAACAAAGAAGCAACCUCCAUUCCUUCCAUAUCUUUCAUCCCUGGACAAAGAGAAGAUAAUUUUGCCACACAAACCGACAGUACAGCCAUUUUUUGGCUUUCAGAUCACCGCGACUAAUCUUACAACUGAAAAAAAUAUGUUUUGCAUCCUGGAAAAUUAUCCUAUUGUGGGUUUGCUUUGUGGUUUUUGGGGUUAAACAGUUGGGUGCCCAUAGCAACACUCAGCCUCGAGAUUUCCUAAUUAGCCUUGUGAAUGAACUGAUGGAUUGGCUUGGAUAAGAGGCAAAGCUUCUCCUAAGACAAUCAAAGCAGUCCAAUGGAUCGCAUUUGGACUGUUUUUAUUGCACUGUCUGGGAAUGACAUUACCAGAAUGGAAAUAUUUACAGACAAGUAGGUUUCUUAAAGAAAAUAAACAGAAAAGAAUAAAUGUGUUUAACUGAAAUAUUUUAACUUUUAGUGAAAACAUCAAAAUUCAACAUUUUAUUGAAAUAAAAUUUAUGAAUAUAGUUUAACUGUACAACCAUCCAACAGAGAGUAUUUGAGCUUUUUCAUGAUUAAUUAAUCAGCCCAGUGACAAAAAAAUCUGCCUUUACAUCCCUAGGAUAUACCUAUGAAAUAUAAUUUCAAUCAGUCAGUUGCAGUUUUAGUGGGGGUGAACAGGGACACUGGCCGCACCUCUAAUUUGAAUGGCCCCUGUAGUGUGUCUGUUCCUAUUGUAGCACCAAGCAUGGUAAUCGGCGAAUCCUUCUUUUCUGGAGAGAGAAUGAGAUAAUGUUUUUUCUAGAGUAUGUUAAAUAUUAAUGCUGCUUUUUGUGUUAAAAAGGACUUUUCAAAAAAGUGAAUAAAAUUGUUGUUCCAUGUAUUGUAUCCUUGCUUGCACACAGUAUGAUUAAAUACGAAUUAU